GCUCGGGCCGGGCACACGGCCGGCGGCCCGGGAGGAAGCGCCGGGACUUCCUCCGGGGGAGGCCGGCCCGGGGGCGGUGCGCGCCCCGCGGGGAGCGCGGCGAGGCGGCCGCACACGGCGCGGAGGAGGCGAUGCGGGCCGCCUGGCUGCUGCUGCCGGCGCUGGCCGCCCUGUCCGCCUACUAUGUGUACCUGCCGCUGCCCGGCGCCGUGUCCGACCCCUGGAAGCUGAUGCUGCUGGAUGCCACCUUCCGGGCGGUGCAGCAGACGUGUCACCUGAUUCACUACCUGAGACUCAGCCAUCACUUGAUAGUUCUGAAUUAUUUGAUUUGCACCUUUGACAAGCUGAAGUCUGUCUCCUCUGAAGACGUUAAAAUCACGGAUGCAGUUUUUGAUGGCGUGGAAGUGAGAGUGUUUGAACCUCCUGCCAAGGGAGAUGAAAGCCUCAAGCGCAGCGUUGUUUACAUCCAUGGAGGGGGCUGGGCCUUGGCAAGUGCAAGAACAAGCCUUUACAACAAUCUCUGCAGAAUAAUGGCCGAAUCUCUGAACGCUGUUGUUGUCUCUGUUGAAUACAGGCUGGUGCCUGAGGUGUGCUUCCCUGAGCAGUACCACGAUGCUCUUCGUGCAACAAAGCAUUUCCUGCAGCCUGAUGUCCUGGCUGAGUAUUCAGUGGACCCCAAUCGAAUUGCAAUCUCUGGGGACAGCGCAGGAGGGAAUUUGGCAGCUGCUGUGUGCCAGCAGCUUAGCAAAGAUGAGGAUUUACCUGUCAGACCGAAACUGCAGGCCUUGAUUUACCCAGUCCUCCAGGCCUUUGACUUCAACACCCCCUCCUACCAGCAGAACAUGAACAUGCCCGUGCUCCCUCGCUACGUCAUGAUCAACUACUGGAUCGAUUACAUCAACGGCAACUACGACCUGGCUCACGAGCUGCUCGUCAACAACCACACCGCGCUCAACGUGGGCCGGGCCCUGUCCUUCCGCGCGCGCCUCAACUGGACCUCCCUGCUGCCCCCCUCCUUCAAGAAGAACUACAAGCCCGUGGUGCAGAGCACGGGCAGCGAGGCCAUCGUGGAGCGGCUGCCGGCGCUGCUGGACGUGCGGGCGGUGCCGCUGCUGGCGGACGACGCCACGCUGGCGCGGCAGCCGCGCACCUACGUGCUGACCUGCGAGAACGACGUGCUGCGCGACGACGGCGCCAUGUACGCCGCGCGCCUGGAGCGCGCCGGGGUGCCCGUCACCCUCGAUCACUUCCACGACUGCUUCCACGGCUGCAUGAUCUUCACCGUGUGGCCCACGGAUUUCUCGGCCGGCGUGCAGACCAGGAACAGCUACAUCAAGUGGCUGGAUGAGAACCUGUGAAGGGUGGGCUGUGGUGGCUGUUCUGGAGGAAGAGCAAA